AUGGUGAAGCUUCAUUUUGUCUGUGGCGUACUGCUGCUCGCCUUUCUCGGUUGGGCUCACGGGCUGCCGGUGAAGGAACAGCUGGAGCUGGAGGAGGUGCUGACCAAGCUGCAGGAGCUGAGACGGUUGAACGAUGGCAAACUAAAGCAGAUCAACGAGGAAAAGGUGCAGCUCAGCACGCCUGCCGGUCAGCGGCCAGCGGUUGGAUCGUCGGCUGUUGCCGGCGUCACCACGGGCUACAAAACGAAACGAUCGCUCAACAACUCCGACCGACGGACGCUGCUGUACAACUACUACUCGCGCGGACUGGCCCCGAUGUACGACAAGCGCAACUUUGACGAGAUUGAUCGGUUCGCACGGUUCAACGGUAAGCGCAAUCUGGACUACGAGCCGUCGUACACCGGUUCGAUGGACCACGGCUACAAUGGACGCUUCAGCAAGCGCAACUUUGACGAAAUUGAUCGUUUCAAUGCUGGCUUCAACUACCGCCUGAAUGGGGACGAAAUGGCAACGAUCGGCAAGCGAAACUUUGACGAAAUUGAUCGAUUUGGGCGGUUCGCCUUCAACAAGCGAUACUUCCCGGAGGUGAAUGAUCUCAGCCCCGGUAACAAUCUCAAGCAUGAUCUCUCGGAAGACAUGGCCGUCAUUAAUGAGUACUCGCAGUAAGCAGGCGUUUCACCGCCGUGCGGAGCCGUCGUUACGACAGCAAUUCGACAGAAAGACACGAAAUAUUGCCCGCCCCUUUUGCACCAUCCCGGCUAAGCAGCACACCGAGGUACUUUCCUUUAGUUUCGUUAACAAAACAUGUAAUUGUAACACGGUCGUCGGCUAGGCGAUCUUUAGAAAAUGUGAACCCCCUGCUAAUGGCAACAGCACAACAUGGAACGGAUCGUGCAGGAGCUACGCAAGAGACGGACCGCUAGUGUAAUGCUUGUUUGGUUGGUACGGAGUUACACCCAUAUGAAGGCUAAGAGCAUCCAUUAAAACAGAGCGAAACCAGUUCACUACUUGUAAUAAAAAAAAGUAUAACAAAAAAAAAACAAACAAUUCUACCAAUUAUAAAUAUUUUCGAUGGAGUGAUAUUAUGAAAGCGGAUGGAUAAAACGUUACCUAAACAUAA